AUGAGUUUUCCUGUACUUUCAGUUUAUGGCCAACUAGCAGCUGUCUACUCGAAUGCCACAAGAAAUCGGGACUGUAGUAAUUGGAGCAGUUGGGGACCUUGUGUAUGGCCGGAUUCGCAGGGUUCGGUUACGUAUCUCAAACAACUGACACCCGUCUGUCAAUUGCACUGGUUCUACACAUUCGUGAAGCGUUACGAUACCGCGUUGAAUAAUUUCUACAAUUACAUGCAAUUCGUGCUACGCUCCGAGAAACCUUGUGGUUUAUGUUCGUAUAAGCAAAGUUGUGGAUAUGGUGGGAGGAAGAAGUGUAAUCUUAGUCCAUUUACGAUCAAGGGUGGUCGUCCUGUGAUUCCGUUUUACGUCGCAGAAAGGGUAUGCUCAGCAAACGACCUGAAUGGUCAUAGUCAGGUCGAUGCAUGCGAAGUUGACUACGAUCAGUUGAAGGAAAAUGGCGGUGAAUGUCGUCUAUGGCCGACAGCUCGUGUGGAUCUGUCGACAGUUGAGCCAAUGUUCCGACAGCAUGUCCUAUCACUUGAAUGGUAUUCCUGUUUACCUCAGACAAAAACAUCCUACGUCAAUCAACGUGCGGUCGAGGAAAAAGUAUGUCGUUGCUGUUGCUUCCCGUUCCAACCGAACCCGGAGACCUACAAAUGUGAGCACAUCCCAGGCGCUCCUCCUGCUCCUGGCAUGGAACUGCUCAGGAAAGAGUUUAAACAUUAA